AUGUCACAGACAGAGGCCACAGACAGAGGCCACAGACAGAGGCCACGGACAGAUGUCACAGACAGAGGCCACGGACAGAUGUCACAGACAGAGGCCACAGACAGAGGCCACAGACAGAUGUCACAGACAGAGGCCACGGACAGAUGUCACAGACAGAGGCCACAGACAGAGGCCACAGACAGAUGUCACAGACAGAGGCCACAGACAGAGGCCACGGACAGAUGUCACAGACAGAGGCCACGGACAGAUGUCACAGACAGAGGCCACAGACAGAGGCCACAGACAGAUGUCACAGACAGAGGCCACGGACAGAUGUCACAGACAGAGGCCACAGACAGAGGCCACAGACAGAGGCCACAGACAGAGGCCACAGACAGAGGCCACAGACAGAUGUCACAGACAGAGGCCACAGACAGAGGCCACAGACAGAUGCUACAGACAGAGGCCACAGACAGAGGCCACAGACAGAUGCUACAGACAGAGGCCACAGACAGAGGCCACGGACAGAGGCCACGGACAGAGGCCACAGACAGAGGCCACAGACAGAGGCCACGGACAGAUGUCACAGACAGAGGCCACAGACAGAGGCCACAGACAGAGGCCACAGACAGAGGCCACAGACAGAGGCCACAGACAGAUGUCACAGACAGAGGCCACGGACAGAUGCCACAGACAGAGGCCACAGACAGAGGCCACAGACAGAGGCCACAGACAGAUGCUACAGACAGAGGCCACAGACAGAUGUCACAGACAGAGGCCACAGACAGAGGCCACGGACAGAUGCUACAGACAGAGGCCACAGACAGAUGUCACAGACAGAGGCCACAGACAGAGGCCACGGACAGAUGCUACGGACAGAGGCCACAGACAGAGGCCACAGACAGAGGCCACGGACAGAGGCCACGGACAGAUGCCACAGACAGAUGUCACAGACAGAGGCCACAGACAGAUGUCACGGACAGAUGCCACAGACAGAUGCUACAGACAGAGGCCACAGACAGAGGCCACAGACAGAUGUCACAGACAGAGGCCACGGACAGAUGCCACAGACAGAUGUCACAGACAGAGGCCACAGACAGAGGCCACGGACAGAUGCUACAGACAGAGGCCACAGACAGAGGCCACAGACAGAUGUCACAGACAGAGGCCACAGACAGAGGCCACGGACAGAGGCCACAGACAGAUGUCACAGACAGAGGCCACAGACAGAGGUCACAGACAGAGGACACAGACAGAUGUCACAGAAAGAGGCCACAGACAGAUGUCACAGACAGAGGACACAGACAGAUGUCACAGAAAGAGGCCACAGACAGAUGUCACAGACAGAGGACACAGACAGAGGCCACAGACAGAUGCCACAGACAGAUGUCACAGACAGAUGUCACAGACAGAUGUCACAGACAGAGGCCACAGACAGAUGUCACAGACAGAGGACACAGACAGAGGACACAGACAGAGGCCACAGACAGAUGCCACAGACAGAUGUCACAGACAGAGGACACAGACAGAUGCCACAGACAGAUGUCACAGACAGAGGCCACAGACAGAGGCCACAGACAGAGGACACAGACAGAGGACACAGACAGAGGCCACAGACAGAGGACACAGACAGAGGCCACAGACAGAGGCCACAGACAGAUGCCACAGACAGAUGUCACAGACAGAGGACACAGACAGAUGUCACAGACAGAGGACACAGACAGAUGUCACAGACAGAUGUCACAGACAGAGGACACAGACAGAUGCCACAGACAGAGGACACAGACCGAUGUCACAGACAGAGGACACAGACAGUGGUCGGAGACACGUCUGUACUCAACAAGAGCAGGAAAUAAAAACUGA